AUGCUGUUUUCGCUCGACGGCUUGCUGGUGAAGGGGGAGGCGGGGCCGCUCUUAAGCGUGGCGGAGGGGCAGCAGCUCGUCGCCCUCUACCGCCUCUUUCACCGCCUGCACCACUCGCAGCCUGCGCGGGGGGCCGGCGUGGCCCACGCUGUGGCGCCGCAGCGCGCGUCCUUCCCUGCGUUUCUGCGCCCCGUCGUCGCCCACUCGGCGGCGGCGGCAGCGGCGGAGAGCGGGGGCAACGGCAACGCCGACGCCCUUGACUGCAUCGGCGAGGCAAGCGGCCACGAGAAGGAGGGGCUUGUCGGCGGUGGCGGUGGCGGCGGCGGCAGUCACGACGUCACGAACGGCGCGGAGUUUGUCACCGCCCCCUGCGGCAACACAAAUAGGGCGGCAAACGGGAUGGAGGAGGCGCAGUUGCGGACGCCACUGUCUUCGUGCGGCGCCGCAGGCACGUCAAGAGGGCGCAGCGGCGGUGCCGUGGAGGCAGUCGCCCUUCAAAUCUGCACUUCGCGGCGGAAGCUGUUUUGUGUUCAGCGACUUGUCCCUGAGACGGGUGACGCGGUCUUUUUUUGCGGCGGUGUAGGCGCCCACGCCGCACAGGCGCCCCCCUGCGCCGGGCGGCCACGGAGCAUGUGA